AUGGGCGAAAUCGAGUAUUCAGAAAUUCUGGAUCGCUCGAACGAAGUGGCGCCAAAGUAUCCAGCGGAAAAUCUAAUCGACUUUCAAAAGCGACAAGCUUGGCUGGUUCCUGCUGCCGAUCGAGAAGGCCAUGUCGAGAUCAAGUUCAAGAAAGAGUUCAAAAUUCAAGCAAUCGACAUUGGAAACGCCGGAUCGGCGACUUUUGAAGUCGAAGUUGGCCACGAAAACGAGCCAAAUCAGUGGUUCGCGUUUCUGUCCGGCACUUUCAUGAGCCCAGUCGACUGCCGGAACCGAAUGAACGAGCGCAAAGUGCAUUUAUCGACCAACUACGAUUUCCUGAAAGCGAAUCGCGACAAAAAAUGGGACAAACUGCGCCUAAACAUCGCCCAGCCGCACGUCAAAACGAAACCGUACGGAAUCACAUUCAUCGUCUGCCGUAGCGAAAUCCCAGCUUCGCGGACUGUGAAUCAGGAAAGCAAGAUUCGCCAGAAACAGCUGAAUGCUCUGAAGAGACUGAAGGAAGAAGAAGCGGAGAGAAAGAAGAAUGAAGAGAAAAGUUCGAAAGAAGAGUUCGACGGAAACGACUUUCUCGACAGAUCUGCGCUUUCGAGUGUUGAAAUCUCUACUUCGAGCAAGAGCUACAAAAUCAUCGACGACAGACCAAUGAAGAUCAACUACGAUUUGAACGCGGGAAACAAAACUCUCAAAAACAAGCAUUCCCAUUUGAAGCCCUCCACGUCUUCCCAAGUUUCGAUAACAUCGCCAUCCUCUUCUUCGAAUCGCUCUUCUCCGAUCAUCCAGCGAACGACGCAAGUUCGCACCAUUCCAAACUCCGCGCUUCAAAACAUGAUCAAGAACACCGUCCAAGCAGACGAGAAGAAAAAGAAAGAAGCGGCAAGAAAGAGAUUUGCGAAUUUUCAAGACUCGCCUGCGAAAAAACAGAAGACUUCGUCCAGGCCUGCUCCAGCGCUUCCGUUCAAUCAAAUCAUGAGGGGGAUGACGAUUGCCUUGUCCGGCUUCGUUAACCCGGAGCGAUCAAACAUUCGACAAGCAGUUUUGAACAUGGGCGGCCAGUACGAGCGCGAUGUCACUGGCAGAGUCACUCAUCUGAUUUGCUCGGUCGCGGGGACGCCGAAAUACAAUCAGUUCCUUGGAAGAGGAAAGAUAAUGAAAAAAGAAUGGGUCUUCGCUCAAUCUUCUCAGCGGACAAAGCUGCCUUGGAAGGAGUUUUCAUUAGCGCCAGUUAACAGCUCGGACGAAGACGAAAGCGAAACAGAAGAGCCGCAAGUUGAAAGUGAUCCUGGCUGGACAAGUGGAUCUGAUACGAGCGAGCAAGUGGUGGAGACGAUCCCGGAUUCGGAGGAAGAGCUCGAGGACGUGAGGAUUCUGAAGCCGCAGCUACGGGAGGAGGCUCAAAAGAAAGCUCCAACUGAAGUGAUUUGUGAACUGAUGACGAAAAUGGGAAAGUGGGUGAAAACGAUGGAAAACAACGAGGACUCUUCUCUGCAGGACUUCGAGCUCGACCCAAAAAUCAAAGAAAAGGAGCUUCUUUUUGCGCCCUACAUUUUCAUCGUCGACGAGAAGCUGAAGAAUAGAAAAAAGAUCGCCACGGCGAUUCGAGAAAGAGGAGGAAAAGUCAAGAAAAAAGAAGUACCUUUCUUGUCGCACAUAAUUUGCGAAUCGAAGGAAAGCAUCAGCGAAUACAAGAGCAACAAGAAGCUGAUUUUGGCGAAACCGAAGUGGAUCAAAGACUGCAUAAAAUAUGAAAGGCUCAUUUCUCCCUUUGACGCGAGAUACACUGUCUGA